UUCCCAAAUUUUCCCCUUCUGCUGCAGCUCCUAUCCAAAACAUCUAUCUAUAGUACGGAGCACGAGAGAGAGAGAAAGAUGUUUAACUCGGUGAAUCUGGGCAACUUCUGCUCCCAGACGCGCAAAGACCGGACAUCCGAGUUUGGGGACAGGACGGGCUGUGCGUCCAAUAUCUACCUCCCCAGCUGCACCUACUACGUCCCCGAGUUUUCUGCCGUCUCCUCGUUUCUUCCACAGGCCCCGUCCAGACAAAUCAGCUACCCCUAUUCCACAAAUCUGUCUCAAGUGCAGCCGGUACGGGAAGUUUCUUACGGCUUGGACCCUGCUAGUAAAUGGCACCACAGAAGCAACUAUGCGUCGUGCUACUCGGGAGAGGAUCUGGUGCAUAGAGACUGUCUUCCACCAUCCACCAUGACAGAAAUGCUUAUGAAGAACGAGAGUGUGUACAGCCACCACCAUCACCAUCACACCCAUCCGGGCUCCAAUCACCCUUCCACAGGUUUUUAUUCCGGCGUGGGGAAAAACAAUGUCCUCCCGCAAGGUUUCGAUCGCUUUUUUGAGACGGCGUACUGCAGCAGCACGGACAAUCAGUCAGACAAUUGUUUACAAAAGGGUGAAGGGGAGAAGCUGGAAAGCGACUCCCAACAGCAGCAGCAACAGCAACAGCAGCCCACGGCGUCUGUACCCGGAGCCGCGGAGCAGGAAAAAGACCCAGAAGAUGAGGAGGAACACACAAAUUCAGGCUCAUGUACGUCUUCCUCUGCAACAACCAAGGACGGCAACGCCAGCAAGAGCAGCCACUCGAGCGCUCCUCGAACAAGGAAGAAGCGGUGUCCAUAUUCCAAGUUUCAGAUUCGAGAGCUGGAGCGGGAAUUCUUCUUUAACGUUUACAUCAACAAAGAGAAAAGGCUUCAACUUUCCCGAAUGUUAAACCUCACCGACCGCCAGGUUAAAAUUUGGUUUCAGAAUAGAAGAAUGAAAGAGAAGAAGCUGAGCAGAGAUCGCCUCCAGUACUUCUCUGGAAAUCCCCUAUUGUGAGCAGGAGCAGAGAGUGUCACAGUGUGGGACGGUGGCAUUUAGGCCCCCUCUUAUCUCACUGAGUUGUCACUGUGGGCAUACCCAUUUUCUAAGGCAGCCCACAUCACCAACAGUGCAAUGCUAAAGUGGACAGUGGCAGAAAUAGGCCUGCAUGGGAUAAAAAUCGCCAUUUUCUUAUAGCCCUACGGGCGGCGUUGAAUUUCUAGCUGGUCCCCAGAAAAAGGCCUACACGAUUAGAAUAAUCAUUUAUAUGCUGUUCUUGAAUAUGUCCCUCUAUUUAUCAUGAUUCUUCAUUGUGUUUAUUCUAUUGUUCACAUAUUUGUUAAAAACAAUAUGAAAUAUAACAAGCAUUUUGAAUCCUUUAUUGCGCAGACAACUUUUAGCUCUCAUCCCCAGCUCUGGUCUUUGUAUAUAGCUUAUCCCCAUCUAAUUAUUUCUUUACCGGAGUACGAGCAAAUUAUAGGAAAUCUUUAAUUCAGCUGCAUAUUUCGCCAUUGAGAACUGUGACGUCCAAUCUGUGAAAAAAAAAAGUAUAUCCAACUGUACAGAGUAGCCUAUGCAAUGUGCUAUCAUGACUGUAAAUAACCGUAUGUUGAAUUUCCUUUCCGCUAUCCCUGCUGCUAUUUUUCAGUACAGUGCCCAUUCAACUCUAACAGCUUUAACGCCAACACUUGUUAAAUUAUUUGCUUAAAGCGUUGCUGCUUUCGAUUCCAGAGAGCAGAUUGUCGGCCUGUGUAUCAUUAACAUAAUACCUAUGAAAUAAACAGAAAAUCUA